AUGAAAGGCUCCCGUGGGCAAACGGCGUUAAUGUUCGCAGUUGGUAGCGAGUGUAAGCCGGUAGUUGAAUUGCUUAUCAAGAAUAACGCCAAUAUUGAUAUUCAGGAAGAGGAGGGAGUAACGGCUCUGAUAGGUUGUGUCGAGGAAGGGUUAGAUGAAAUGGCGAAAUUAUUGCUUCAGCAUGGUGCAAGCACUCAUGUUAAAGAUGAGAGGGGGCUCACAGCGUUCGAUCACAUCAUCGAUAAAGGAAACAUUCAGAUUUGUCAUCACAUCUUAGAACAAAUAACAGAUACCGAAAGGAUGGAUUUCGUUGGCCGCAAGCGCAUGGCUGAGGCAUGCAGAAACAGUCAUACUGAAAUGGUCCGCCUCUUUUUGGAGAACGGAGUCAGGACAGAAUUACCAGAAAGCCAAGCCCAGACGACGUUUCCAUUCUCGGAAUCGGUCCUUGGGGUCGCAAUAGCGACUGAUCAGCGAGAUAUACUCGAACUCUUACUUGACCAUGAGUUUACAUAUUCAGGGUUACCGGUCUGGAGAACAAACCUACUGUGCGAAUGUGUCAUAAGCUGUGCUUUGGAAUGUAUGAUGUCUCUCAUCAUUCACUAUAGGUGGGGAAUUGACGAGGUGGAUGCAAAUGGUGAUAUGCCGGUCUAUGUUGCGAUCAGAGAGGCCUGGACAACUUAUGAAACUCCCAAUCACUUCUACGGUAUCAUUAAGACACUUAUUUCGCUGGACUGGUCACCACAAGGCAUUGUUGUGAACGCGCUGAACAACCAGUUGCAAAGCCCUCUGAUGCUGGCAGUUGAAUACUGCGGUACAGAGCGCUUUGUUCAACAGAUACUAGCUGAUGAGCAAGUUAAUAUCAAUUACCAAGGCUGUGCUUGCAUUUAUGUUUUGUAUAUAUCUUGCUAUUAUAUAUCCUUUUUAGAUAGUCAUCUCACACAUUUGGGUAGAGUGGAGUCGAACCCAAAAUCCUCAGAUUGA